AUGCUAACUGAAGCUUGGGAGUACACAGCUGCUGAUCACUUUCUCCACUGCCUCCCACUACAUCAUGUUCAUGGUCUUUUCAAUGCUUUGUUUGCCCCUCUUUACACCCGGUCUUCGGUUGAGUUUUUGCCCAAAUUCAGUGUUAGUGAAAUCUGGCGCAGAUGGCGUGAAUCAUAUCCGUUGAAUGAUGAGAAAACCAACGACUCCAUAACUGUAUUCACUGGAGUUCCAACCAUGUAUACUCGGUUGAUACAAGGUUAUGAAGCAAUGGAUCAAGAAACGAAAGAGUCCAGCGCUUUUGCUGCGCAGAAGCUUCGCCUGAUGAUGUCUGGCUCAUCUGCUCUUCCUAGACCGGUCAUGCACCAGUGGGAAAGUAUCACAGGUCAUCGUCUUUUGGAACGGUAUGGCAUGACUGAGUUUGUAAUGGCAAUAUCAAACCCCUUACGUGGUGCACGGAAGGCAGGUACCGUCGGGAAACCACUUCCCGGUGUUGAGGCUAAGAUUGAACGAGAUGAAAAUGAUGCGGAUGGAGUAGGUGAGAUCUGUAUAAAGAGCCCAUCUUUGUUCAAGGAGUACUGGAAUCUUCCACAAGUGACUAAAGAAUCGUUCACGGAAGAUGGAUACUUCAAGACCGGGGAUGCUGGGAGAGUUGAUGAGGAUGGACAUUACGUGAUUCUCGGACGUACUAGCGCUGAUAUUAUGAAGGUUGGAGGUUACAAGUUAUCUGCUUUAGAAAUCGAGUCAACCCUACUCGAGCACCCCACGGUUGCAGAAUGUUGCGUGUUGGGGUUGCCAGACAAAGAUUAUGGGGAAGCGGUUACAGCGAUAAUUGUAGCAGAGAGUGGAGCAAAGAGGAAAAGAGAAGAAGAGUCAAAACCUGUGAUGACCUUAGAUGAACUCUGCGCUACCAACACGUUUGCUGAUAUGGGAGAGCUUGCCACGCAACGCCAUGGGAAAGGUGAACAAGAAAGAGCUAAAGAAAUCUCUGGAUCAUCAAGAGUAGAUUCUCAGACUACCAUGGAUCUCUUUAUCUGCUUCUUUGUUCUUUGA